AAAACGUCAAAACAUUACAGAAAGCACGGCGCAUCUCUCUUCUGCUGUCGAUUGUCAUUUUUCACAGCUGCGGAGUUUUCUUUCACACAUUUCCGGGACGGGGCAAUCGCGUUGAGUGUGCAAUUUCCGAAAACCGUAAUCUGCCGUCUACUCUUUGUUAUGUGAUUUUAAUUAAGUGCAUUUACCUACAUUUUUAAGAGUGAAACAUUGUUGGAAAGUCAAAAGGAAAAUGUCGGAAUCGUACGAUUACCUUUUCAAAUUCUUGAUCAUCGGAAGUGCAGGCAGCGGGAAGAGUUGUCUAUUGCAUCAUUUCAUCGAGAGCAAGUUCAAAGACGACAGUUCGCACACAAUUGGCGUUGAAUUUGGAUCUCGUAUUGUAAAUGUGGGCGGCAAAUCAGUUAAACUUCAAAUUUGGGAUACAGCUGGACAAGAGCGAUUCCGAUCAGUUACACGAUCAUAUUAUCGUGGAGCCGCCGGGGCUUUAUUGGUUUACGACACAACAUCACGUGAGUCUUUCAACGCCCUUACAAAUUGGUUAAACGAUGCCCGAACUCUAGCCAGCCCAAAUAUCGUCAUCCUCCUCGUUGGUAACAAAAAGGAUUUGGAGGAGUCACGAGAAAUUACGUUCUUGGAAGCUAGUACUUUUGCACAGGAAAAUGAAUUAAUAUUUCUCGAAACAAGUGCUAAGACUGGAGAAAAUGUCGAAGAGGCUUUUUUGAAAUGUUCGAAAACGAUUUUGGCGAAAAUCGAGACAGGAGAAUUGGAUCCUGAGCGUAUUGGAAGUGGAAUUCAGUACGGUGAUUCGGCUUUACGGGGUCUACAAAAUAAACAAAGAAAAGCACAGCAGCCAGACUGUGGAUGUCGGGUUUAAAAUCUCCGCCAGGCAAUUAUGAAAUAUGUUUGCCAAGGAGACAUCUUGUAGUUGUUAACGAUAAAACUUAUAUUUAUUUUCUAAUUAGACUUGGCAGUUUAUUAAGUUUAACUCUUUUUUUCGGAAUUUCAACCCCAAAACAAAGAUAUAAUCCAAUAAUCAUUUUUAACUACAUGAACGAAGAGAAGGAUCAGAAAAAGUAACAAUUACCGAGCAUAAGUUGAAGUAAUAUUUGCGUGAAACAUAUUUUUAAAACGCAAAGAUAUUGGAGUUUUAAAUUUCGAAAUGAAAAUCCAAUCGUCCGUGUACCUUCCCGAACUGAACACGAAUCAAGUAAUCUCUAACACACGUUGGGCCAAUAAUCCAUGCAUUUUUUCCAAUGACCCAAGUGUGCCGUAUGAAUAUGAUUCAAGUUUCGGAGUAGAUGCGCGAAAAAUUGGCUUGGGUUUGAGAAGACAAUCUAUGUUAGCUCAUUUAUGAAAGCAGAUUCGAUUCUUAUCAACCAUUGAAAAUUAACCAAAGUUGAUGAAAAUACAAAAAAACCCGCCCACUAGCUAGAAUAGCAGGCACUUGGUUUGACAAUGCGAGUUUAUUGCUUCAUUGGCGGAAAUCCAUGGCAAACAGCACUAACGCCAAUAUUAACCUGGGCAGUUACGCUCAGUUUUCUGAAUUCCCACAUUUAUCCGAGUACACUGAUAUAUUUUAAUUGAGUUUAUGUAUAGUAUUUUAUCCCAUUCCAACACCUUACCCCUGCGACAAAAUGCUUAUCUACUUUUCAUUUCGAUACAAUAAGAAAAAGAAUUAUCUCUAGCUAUAGCUGACAGGUUAAGCAAAUUCCCAAAUUUUAUGUAAAAAUGAUUUCUAUCUCUAUCUUUUACAAGUGAUAUUUUUAAAUUUUUGUUAAUAUUAUAAAUAAUUGGAAUAUAAUCGAUUUAAUUUAAUGACACUAUUUUUAAUACCAAUUAAUGAAGAAAAAAGUUAUAGAUCUAACAUACGAUAUGUACAAGUUCGAAGUAUAUACAUUAUUUAAAGUAAUUUUAUUCUUAAAUAUAUGGAGAACAAAAACCAGA